AUGGCAAUUGACAGGGGAAUUAAGGACGGAUCUGACACGAGUAAAAUUGCUAGUGAUGAUUUAAAUUCUGCUUGCAAAAAAUCUGGAACUACCACUGAUACAGCUGUGAAGAAUCUUAAAGAUGAAGAACCAGCGGGAUUCCCAUUCAAGCCCAGCCUUCUUAAGGAUGAUAACAAGAACUCGUUAUCAUUGAAAUUUAUAAACAAACCUAGUCGAUCCAAAGAUUUGUUUGCUCAGGCUUCAGACCCUACGCGUGCUAAUAGCAUUUUAAAUUCCCAUAUAUCAAAUGAAUCGGGCACUACAAGUGAAGGGGAUACAGCAGAUACAUCUCCUAGCACUGAAAACAUUGAGCAUCACGGAUUGAUACGGAAGAAAUCAGGCGAAUUUUUAAGGCUGUCGUUAAAGGAUAGUCGUAACAGCUCCUAUUUUGAUAAGAAGAGAUCGCGUUCCUUGCCAACAACUCCAACCUAUAAACAAGUUCAUUUUGGUGGAGACAACGAUAUAAUAUAUUUCAAGAAGAAAGAUAGGCCAGCGGCGAUUUCUGCAUCAAAUUCACCUACUUUGCGUGGGGUGGAAGGGUGCUUUAGAAAGUUACAAAUGGGGAGUGAAGAUGACGACGAUGACGACGAUGAUGAUUACGAGGAUGAUUAUGCAAACGUGGACCACGAUCAGGAUUGCUUUACCCUUGAUUUAAGUUCGUCGGGAUCAACUACUUUUCCCGGUGCCGAUCAUGAAAAGUCGGUAUUCUGGGAUUUGCAAUUACCAAACUUCCCGCCGUUAUCGUACGAUCGCCAGAUAAAAGUCCGAGAGUCGCCAGUUUUUUUGGAACGUAUAUUUAUUAGUGUCGAUAAGAAGUUCUUGCUCGGCCAUAUUGCGGUCAAAAACCUAGCAUUUGAAAAGUUUGUUACCGCUAGGUAUACGUUAGACAAUUGGUGCACAAUUGUUGAAAUUCCCACAAUCUAUGCUCCUGAUAGCCCAAAAAUCUUGAAAUCCAACAAUUAUGAUAGAUUUAUCUUUCGAAUUCUGCUAGAUUCCUUAUUCAAUAGUUUUAGGAUGCCAAGAAGUAAUGAUCAGAGUUGCAACAAAUCCCAAGAACAGCACUAUAGUCUAUGUAUCAAAUAUAAUACCAAUUUCCUUGAAUUCUGGGACAACAACGAAUCUAGAAAUUAUGAUUUUAAUUUAAUCAAGACAACAAAAUCAAAAAAACCAAGCUCCUCAAAGAUUGGAACACAUAAUAACAAACCAAAGUAUUCAUCCUCAUACUUAAAGAGAAGAGUAUCAGAUUCGCAACUAGAGAUGCAACCAAAGAAAUCUGAAGAAAACAUCGAAAAUAAUUCGUCCGAUUUUUCAAAUGGUAACGACUUUGUUAAUAAUGACUUUUACUUACUGUCUCCAUUGUUAUCAAGCCUUAACAAUUCAAAUUAUGAAAACGAUUUUUUACAUAAUUAUUCUACUGACACAUUAACGUCAUAUAGAUCACCAUCAAAAAACUUUUCUCAAGGACAGGAUGAAGUUUAUGAUCCAAUUCGUAAUAAAGAGGAUAUUAAGGCCAGAGAGGAUGAUAAGUCAUUCAGAGCCAACAUGUUGGACUCUAAAUCUUACAAGGAGUUGCUUGAUACAUACUGCUUUUUUUCUACAAGCCCCGAGGAUGAUACAAACUCUUCCGACAUUUUACUGUCGCUGUCUCCACCUAGAAGUUCAUUAUCUACUGGUUCGGACAAGAAUGAGAUAUCUGAAUCAUCGAAUAUCUUUGGAUCGAAUGAUAAUAAUACUCCUUCAGCGAAAGCUGAUUUAACUCAUAAGAAGGCCAAUUCUGAUUCUAAUAAGGAAAAAUCUGAUGGCAAUAAUAAUUCUUUAACGGUAUCAUCGAUAUUAAAAGCUUAA